GAGAAACGCCGGAGCGAGAGCUGUGCCCGCGUUUUGCGUCGUGCUCGUAAAUCCUGCCCCCUCCAAGACACAUGUGCGUCCUCCAAAGCCGCCUAGCUCGAGCGUUGGGCCGUGUUGACGGCACGCUUCGUCAUCCGUCGGCGACGCGUCUCGGGAGACGGAACUCCUCGCCAAGUACUCUUCGCGCCGCUCCGUACGAACAGAAAGGUCGAAGGAGGUCAACCGGAUGACGGCCCGUCAAACAUAAUCGGCACUGAUUGUCUUCCUGUGGGAAAGGAGUUUGCUGGCGCAAAUCUCACUUUCUUCUUUCGUCUGCAGCAGAAGACCGACUCAUUGUCUCUUUUUUCCGGCUCAGGGCGACCGGCCAGGAGGCCAUGGGGCCAGUGGCGGGUCGUCGCCUCUGCUGGACGCUGAGCCUCAACCUCGUGGCGUUCGGCGCUCACCUCUGCGCUUGCGGAUGCUUCGUGUACCUGCCACCACUGCUACGAAGGGCCGAAUUCUCUGAGCAGGCCCGAGCCGCCGUGCUAGGCCUAGGGCCGCUCCUCUGCGUCCUGGGUGUGCCACUGGUAGGCGCCUGGAGCGAUGCCUGCACGAGUCGGCUGGGACGGCGUAGGCCUUUCCUCCUGGGCAUCGGCGCCCUGCUAGCGCUGUCUCUUGCGGGCGUCGCCUACGGCGAGUCCCUACGCAACGUGAUGGGAGCCAACGCCCACCGGGCCAUCCUGGCGACGUCUACGGUACUCCUGGACUUCGCCUCACAAGCGCUGCUCAACCCGUGCCAAGCGCUCGUGUGCGACCUCGUGCCCGACGUGGACUUCGGCUUCGCCGUGUACUCGUUCGCGUUGUCGCUGGGCGGCGUGUUGGGCUACCUGCUCAGUGGGCUCGACUGGACCAACACGGCGCUCGGACAGGCGGGGCAGGAAAGGGCCGUGUUCCUGUUACUUCUCUCCGUGUUCACGGCCUGUCUCGCGCUGAACCUGCUGGUAGCGGGCGAGAAACCGGCCGCGAGGACUGACGAGUACGUUGUGCUCAGCCAGGCGAAUGAUCACGAUGUGCUGGUCGAGUGCCCGAUGGACCGUCUGUUGGUGGUUGGUGCGUGUGACGCGAAUGGCGGACUGUGCUCGACGCCGGACGUUCCUGUGCGAAAGAAAUCUCAAGAGAGUCCAGGCCGCCAUCCGAAUGGUCUGGUACAACAUCUUCGCAAGACCCACUGGCACAAGAUGAGCACCAAGGAUGUGGUACGGACAGCUCUGUCGGCGGCUUUGCUGUUUGUGUGCAACGCCUUUUGCAAUGUGUUUAUCACCUUCCCGUCGUGGCUGGCGUCUUGCCUGCGUCUAGACGUCCUGACCAGUGUCCCAGGUCCGCUACGGACGUUGUUUGUGUUUCAACUUCUCGCCUGGAUGGCCGUCAUGUCCCAUUACGUCUACUUCACGGACUUCGCAGGAGAGGUCUUGUUCCACGGUAGGCCUGAGCAGACUGCCAGUCCUGCUGACAGACUCCUCUACGAUCGAGGGGUGCGCGCUGGAUCCUGGGGUCUCCUGGUGCACUGCGUCGCUUCGUCGGUGUAUUCGCUGUGCUUCCAAUGGCGGCUCACGGCACGAUUCGGGCAGCGUGUCGGCUUGUACACGGCCAUGGGCAGCUUCGCGCUUGCCCUGCCCGGUCUGCUGCUCUUCACCAACGUCGGGGCGCUGCUCACGCUCAGCGCCGUCACGGGACUGGCGUCUGCGGCGCUCGACUCCAUCCCGUAUGUCCUGGCCUGCUUCUACUGCGCCAACAAGCAGGAUUACUUCCAGGGAGCCAAGCACCAACCUGGCGUAGGUCAGUGCCUGGCGGUGCUGGACACUGCCGAGUACCUGGCGCAAGUGCUGCUCUCGAUGUUCAUGGGCUACACCAUUUAUGCCACGGGCACUGUGGCAUCGUACGUCUGCGUCUCUACGCUUUGUGCAGUGGCCGCCUGCUACGCCUGCUCGCGUGUGGCGUGCCCCCCACGAACGAAAAAUGUGGGGCUAUACCCGUGACCAAGUCCAGGACUGCCUAGUGGACAUACUCAAUUUUGGACAAUAGUAGUUCACGUAUCUGUCCUUUGUGGAAUUUUAAGUACAGGGACUCAAACACUCCGCAGUGGUGCUUCAAGAGGCAAGCCUCAAGGAUGCUACGUCAAGAGUGUUAACUCGAGGUAGCACGUUUGAGCGAGGGUGUUAGCUUCAAUGGUCAUGCCCAUGGCUCACGCAAUCACUGUGUUGCCCAAAGAGUGAUACUACUGCAAGAAUGGUGCCGCGAUUCACUGCUUCAUAGCGAUCCUCCAUCAAUGAUGCCCCAAGAAGGAUGCUGUUUCAAAUUGGUUCGGCAGCUAAGGCCAUGCAGUAGGUGUGUUAGCUUAGCACCACAGAAAUGGCUGCACAACGGUGACUGCAGAAAAGUGAUGCUCCAUGCGCUAUGCUCCAGACAAGAUACCCCUGACGUGAUGCACCAGACGUGAUGCCCCAAAGGUCAUGUCCCAGAGGUCAUAACCCAGAGGUCAUAACCCAGAGGUCAUGACCCAGAGGUCAUGCCACUGAGGUGAUAUCCCGGAAGUGAUAUCCCGGAAGUGAUAUCCCGGAAGUGAUAUCUCGGG